AUGUCGAACAGGCUCGUUGCUGACAUCGAGUUCGGUACUCGCCUUAAGGAGAGUGAAGUCAAGGAUACGAAACUCGAUAUCGAAGGCGAAGAGGGCCAGAAGAUCGCGGUGUAUCAUGAAGCUAGCCGCCUUAGAAUUGUCGGAGGUGCUACUAGGAAUGUAGGGAAAGCGGCCAGACAGGAAGCGCACGGGACUUACCCCCUACACAAUGCGUAUGCCCACGCCUACCCGCAAGGGGGUUACGGACAGGAUUCUCACUCGUUUUUGCCUAUGGGAUGGCAAGGACACGGUGCGCCGUCUCAAGCUCCAGUCCGACAACUGGCCAUCGAGGACCACCCGAGCGGAGGGUAUCCCACAGGCAUGUAG